AUGGAGGACGUUACCGGCUGCGUAAUUCCACUUGCGCUAUUCUUGGACGAGUUCUAUCCAACUAGCUCUGACAACCGGUCUCUGCCCAAGCUUCACUUCUGCACCCCGUUGCCUUGCGAGCAAGACGGAAAGAGUGGGAGAACAUAUGGCUAUACCCGCGGCGACAGCAUUGUCACCGACGUUUGUCGCGCAAUUAAUGACAGCAAAGUGUGCCCAUCCAUCAGAUUCAUCGACACAGAAAGCGUGCGCGUCGAUCUGUGCGGUGUUCUUGCCGCCGAAACUCCCAGCGUCAAGCUUAAGGUCGCCGCUAGUGGUAUGCUGAGGCCCAAGGCUGGUGAGGAUCGCUUAGAGUUAAAGCCGAACUGGGGGCGCAUGAAGGUUGCUAUCGAGUUUAGGCUCGAGUCAGAGGACCCCAUCAUGGAGACGUGUCUUGAUUGGAUGACUGAGCAACGGGAGAAGCAUAGUCCCAAUGCGAUACAUGCGAGUGGCCAGACGUCGUCAUACGCUCUACACCAGUUCAAUGCUCGGUCGCAUACUCACGUAACAUCCAUCUCCAUUGCGGGUCGUUGGGCACGCCUUCUCCGCUACGAUCACAGUGGCGUCGUCGUAUCUGAGCGCUUCGACUGGCGAUCUGAUGACGGCCGCCUACUGGCUGAGUUCCUGUCUCGCCUCGAGCAUGCUACUGCCCAGCAGGAUGGUGUCGACGACUCUGUUUGCGACGCUUCAAAUGUCUUCACGAAGCCCCAACUCUCUGCAGCUGUCAAGGCCAUGCAAGAGUUCUCCGCUGGUAUGAUAGACGUCCCCAUCAAGGACGAUGCUCCGCUACGCGCUGUAAUGCGUUGGGACGACAGCAAGCUGGGCGACAACGGCUUGCCGUCUGCGCGAACUCUCAUCGCUACCGAGCCACUCGGCGUCAACGUCUCGAUCGUGGGCCGCUUUACCGUUAGCUUCAUCGGCUACAACCCGGUCAACGAAACCGCGUAUUGGGUCAAAGACUCGUGGCCGAUCGACCGCCCAGGCGAGUUCGAGAAGGAAGGACAGAUCUACGAGCAAUUAGCAAAAGCGGGAGUUCCUCAUCUUGCAGGGGUCGAGUGCGCGGGCGAGGUUCGGUGGAAGGAAGACGGCACGGUGCAGAAGUCAAGGACGGCCGACUUCGUAGGGUCGCCUUGGGCUGGGUCCACCGUCAACAUCCAUCCGCUCUCGCACUAUCGUAUCUUGUUCAAGGACAUCGGCCGCCCCAUCACCAGGUUUGAGUCGACCAAGCAGCUCGUCCGUGCGCUGUCGCAUGCUAUUGAAGCGCACUCUGUCGCAUACCAGAAAGCCAAUGUACUCCAUCGCGACAUUAGUGCUGGCAAUAUUCUCAUCAACCGCAAAGGAGACGGCAUGCUCAUCGACUGGGACCUCGCGCUCGUCUACAAUAACGCUGCUAAGUUGAUCGACGAUCAAGAGCCUCGGCUAUCCUGGAGGACGGGUACAUGGGCUUUCCUUUCGUGCGCUCUUCUCGAGCAACCGUCCGACAAAGUUCACGAAAUCAGCGACGACCUCGAGUCGUUCUUUUGGGUGUUGCUCUUCGUAGUUCUCCGAUACCGCUACGGCCCCUUUGAGUGGGCGUCUCCCGGAUAUGACAAGACCUUUCAGGAAUACCUUCUUCGAUUGUUCGAGUGGAGGCAGGAUAGCGGUGAAUUCAUCACGGGCGGGCAGCAGAAGCGCACAUUCCUUCUCGUGGGUCAGUUUGGCGAGGGACUGGGCCACAUCAGUCAGACUGCGCUCCUAGACAUGCUCGACCUAGGUGGCGAGUACAUGCCCGACCCGCUCGGUGUUCUACUCUUCAAACUUCGCGAUGAUUUCAAGAACCUCUACGCUCCUUCUAGACCAUCACGCCAUGCCGAUGACUCUAGAGCACUUCUUCGCCAGAAGAAGGCGAGGAGGGCCGUCGCCUGCAGAACCAUGGUGUUCUCCGCCGCUGGGACUGUGUUCGCCAAUGCGACGCACCUCCAGAACCGCUUCACCGAAGCUCUCGAAAAAGAUGGCUGGCGCAACGACGAUGCUGCAAUAGAUCGCUUCCCGCGCGUCAGUUCUUCUCUGAAGACCCUAUCGAAACUGGAGAAGGUCCCAGCGGUGUGCCGCGUGCGUUCAGACGACCCGACAUUUCGACGCCUACACGAUCCGACGAACAACUUACACUACGAGGUAGCUCGCGAAGACGCCGCUGCAGACGUGAAGCGGAGGCUUGGUGAAGAUUUCGUCAUUCCUAAACCGAAACUCGGGGUGAAGCGCGCACUGUCUACUAUCGACGAGAGCGACGAGGGGGAGGCCGCCGAUUCGGAUGAGGAAUGUGUCGCUUUGGUCUUAGAGCGUCGGGAGGUGACCCCGCCGCCUAAGCGUCAGCGCAUGGAUAAGGAUGGCAGACCCCGUAAGGAUGUGAAUGGAAAGAGGGUAUUCCUGGAGGCUUGGAGUGAUUGA